AUGGAUCUGCAAAACCUUCCUGCAUUUACAUCUGUAUGGAUAGCAGGUGCCUUGUGCUUGACAAUGCUUGAACAUCUUGGCUUCGUAUCGGAGCAUCAGUUGUUCUUUUCGACAUAUUAUGUAUUUCGAAAGCACCAGUAUUGGCGCAUUGUUACUUCAUUCAUGUAUUUUGGUAAGAUCGGAUUGAUCUUUGCCAUUCGCAUUCUUGAACUUAUUCGCUUUGCGAGCGAUUUAGAAGCGCAUACCUUCGGUCCAACACGACGCGCACAAUACGCUUGGUUCCUCCUUUGCUCAUCAUUAUCACUCCUUUUGGUUGGAUCUUUGCUCUCAAUACGUUUCAUGUCAUACCCGCUCUCAUGGAUUCUCACAUAUAUAUGGAGCCGAAAAAGUCGGCAUAUGCAUGUCACCUUCCUAGGUGUCCUCACGAUAACUGCGCCAUAUUACCCUUUUAUUGAGCUCCUCUUCACCCUUGUUCAGAGUAACGUGGAGUUCAAAGACAUUAUGGUGGGCCUGCUUUUAGGCCAUUUAUACUACUUUCUAGAAGAAUUAUGGCCGCGUGAGAUGCCGUCGCAUGGGUACCAUUGGAUCGGAACGCCACAGAGAUGGGUGGAAUUAUUUGAGGCUCCAGUGGCGCAGUAA